GUAGUUCAGUACUCACUGAAAUGCAAUCUAUCGCGCAACGCAUACAUCGGUGUUGGAGAAAAUAUGAGAUCUUCAAAGCUGGCGUGUACAUAACAAUUGGUGCAACGUUUACCCAUUUUAUUCUAAAAUCGGAAGUUCCAAAAAUUUCAUUCUCACAGCCUGUAAAUGCAGCUGAAAUAAUUUACCCUUCUCUUGUCGGCGCCCCAAACCUCCCAAUAAACAAUGAAGCUUUUCAUACUUUGGGAAUGCCAUCAUCAAGUCAUCUUCGUGUUUUUGACGGCUAUAUAUGUGUUUAUGAUCGUCGCAACAGAAUUCCAUAUUGGGUAAUGGAGCAUUUAAACCCUGCUAAACUACAUCAAGUUGAUAUUGAUAAGGCUGGAGUAGAUCGUAAGGAUUUCGAUUUCUAUGAAGAUCUUGGUGAAAUUGAAAUGUUCCGUUCUACUAACAAGGAUUAUUUGAACUCUGGAUAUGAUCGUGGUCAUCUGGCCGCUGCAGGAAAUCAUCGCCUCAGCCAUUCAGCUAUGGGACAAACUUUUAUAUUGAGCAAUAUUGCACCUCAAGUUGGGUAUGGUUUCAAUCGGCAUGGUUGGAAUAGCCUAGAGAAGUAUAUACGUGCGGUUGCAAGAAAGUCACACAAUAUGGUUGUUAUUACAGGACCAUUGUUUCUACCCCAAAAUGUAAAUGGCAAGAAAAUUGUGACUUAUGAAGUAAUUGGUAACAAUAAUAUUGCAGUUCCAACUCAUUUCUUUAAAGUGGCAGCUAUUCAAAAUAAACCAAAUGGAGAAUGGCAUCAAGUAGCUUGGGUAAUGCCCAAUAUUCGUUUACCUGAACAAAUUAAAGUGGAUGGUUUUAGAGUUCCUGUUGAAAGUGUUGAAAGUGCUUCAGGCUGGAAAUUUUUCCCUAAACUUAAAUCUUAG